AUGGAAAACGACGAGCAGGUCGGCUUCCUGAAGAUCCACGAGAACGGCUACCCGGCGGACAGCUGCGGGGCGUGGAAGUACUUGGGCAACGCGGCCAGCGCGGAGGCCUGCAAAGACAUGGUGCUGGAGGCGUACUCCGACGGCUCCGUGCUCGCAUUCGCGUACGAGUCUGGGGGCUAUUGGGCGGGGACCUGCUAUUCCGAGGCCAUCGAGGUGACGGACGCGCUCUGGGCGUCGGCCCUGUCGGACCGCGUGAGCAUCGACUGCGGCGGAGUGGCGGACGCCUGG